AUGUCACAACUAAUGGAGGAAGAACUACUCCGAUCGCCGAUCAGAGAAGAUGAUAUGAUUGACGAGCACGAAAGUAACGCCUUUUUGGAAGAAUUUUUGGCGAGUAUAGCUAUCACUUGUGACAGCGAGCUAGCAAAGUCGAUGCGCACGGAUGAUCCCAGGAGGGAAACUGUCGUUGCUUCUGUUAGGGAGCAAGUGGCACUGGUGAAAGAAAUUCCUAAAGCACAGAUAGGCAGCGUAAGCGAUCUGCAGGAGCACCUGCGUAAGGAUGCAUUAAGUCAAAAAGAAUUGCAGAUCGAACAGUUGCGUCACGAAGUCGAGUGCAUGGGCCAAAAGCCCUCCCAAGAUCAGAGCAGUGGAACCAGACCACUCCAGGGUGAGUCAGAGGUACCUGUACGAAGUGAUCCUUCUGGAAAUUCUGACCAGUUCAAUCCGUUAUUUCAGAUGCAAUCCUCAAAGAUCUCGACGCCAUCGAACCAGAAGUCUUGCGGGACUACGCUGAAAAGCGGCUCAGGGAACAGUCACGAAACUCAACAAUCGUCGGGCACAGGUGAGGUUGAGGAGUUUUCGCUAAGUCACUCUAUUCGAACCACCCAAGAUGCAGCUUUUUUUCUGGUACCUGGCGAGUGUUUCAAAAGGUUUUUGAACUCAUUCGACAUGAAGUACCCAAAAGGGCAGUGGAAAGAGUUGAACCGUUUGCAACUUUUCCAAAGUUUCCUGAGGAAAAACGCGUUAACAGUCUUUGAAACGUUACCGAGCGAGAUACGAUCGAGCACUCUCGAUCGCGUGAUUGACGCAAUGAAAGAAAGGCUGCGCAUAGACGGAAAUAGCCAGCGGGUUAAGGCCCUAGCAGGGUUGCGUACAUUGGCUAUAAGGCCUGGACAAGCAGUAAAUGAAUUUUGUUUCGUUUUGGAAAGCUUAGCUAAUAAGGCCUACCCGGAUGUGCCCGCAGAGGCAACUUCAUUGCAAAAAGCCGAAAUUUUGUGCAGACAGCUGGCUGAACUGGAAUGGAACUCUUGCGAACAAGCUUAUGAAAAAGUGAAAGAGGCAGCACUACGUUUGGAAAGAAGUUUGAAAACAGCUGAGGAGUGUCGAAUAGCAACUAGGGCACGGUCUACUCACAAUUUCAACCAGAAGCAUGCCGUCGGGGAUAAGCAACCUGGACCGUAUUGUUGGGAAAGGGUGCGCAAGGAAAUUGCGAAUAUAGGCACAGAUAAGCCACGCAAACUUCCAUUGAGCAACAAACCAGAAACUACCCCGCCGUACCAGCAGAGAAGAAGAGACCAUGGCCCACCAAGGACUGCAGCAUUCCAUCAAUCAGGCAACAUCACGCUCUCCCAAGAGAAGAUCCCAAUCAAAAGUCUAGAUAGGAAGAACCGGCAUCGAGUAGUGAGCGAAUGGUUUGGCCAAAAGCCGCUGGUCGAUAUAAUAAUUUGCGGAAUAAAAGUAGCCGCUCUUUUAGAUACGGGUCCGCAAACAACCAUCAUAUUAGUUAAAUUGCUGAAGAGAGCUGUAAAUAUGAAAGUAAACUUGGGUGAGUAUAUCGAACAUGUGCCAGGACCCAAGGUGAAUGUGCGGGAUGCUUCAGGGAAUGUGAUGGAAGUCUUUGAUACCAUCCGCGUAGCAAUAACACUAGGAAGCCAGCUAGAAUUUGUGUCAGUCUAUGUAGGGGAAGGUUCAGACGAAGUGGUGAUUCUAGGUACGAAUGCCCUUUAUAUGUUCAAACUCAGGGUGCUCGAGCUAAACACAGGGUCUUUGUCUCGCCACGAGCCACGUGCCUUAACGCUAACCUAUGAGAGUGCUAGAGCUGCAGAUGUGUCACUUCUUCGCUCCUAUCCCGCAAUACCAGAUGGGUUAUGCUAUAAAGCUUCUGGAGGUGAAAUGAGCACACCUGUAAUCAACAAUUCAGAUCAAGGUAUGGUGUUCAAAAAAGGAGAAGUGAUAGGAGAAUGGGAACAAAAUGAGUGGAUCAGGCCAAAACACAUCGAACCGGACAGGAACAUGCUAGAUUCUAACAGACUGUGCGAGUUUGCUUCUAUCAGUGAUGGGAUCGAAGUAAUAGCUGAGAUAAUCCACAACGAAACGUCCUACUCUGUGCUGCUUUAG